AUGAAGCACUAUAAUAUAAUUGAGCCGAAAUUGCCUGGCAAGAAAUGUGGAGGUAAAACCAGGCCGGGUCAGCAGACGGGAAACUCCUCAAUCAGCAAAUCCAACCGCCCCAUCGAAUUCAAAUUCCCCUGCCCGAACGCGUGCCUGUCGGGCACUCCACCGGUGACCGACCCGCCCGUCUGCCACACGUGGUUCACGGCCGCCAGCCCCUUCUCCGGCAGCGCCAGGGUGGCGAACAGCCUCACGAGCCCGCCAGAAAACUCAGCCGAUGCCUCCCUCACGUCGUACCACAACCGGGUCGACUCCUCCCCCAACGGGCCGUAUGACGACACGUUGUAUUUCCUGACGGUCAUCUGCCCGUCCGGGCCCUGGAAAGCGGCCAAGGCCUGCGAGCCCACCAUGCCCCGGCCCGUCGGGUUUAUGGCCCACGAGACCCACCCGUUGGGCCCGGCGGUUUGGGUUGUGAAGGCAAUGUCGAGGAUGGAUUGGGCCGGGUCGUAG